AUGACUGUGCAAACUGUAUUCUCAAAUUUGGUAAGGGAAGACCCUGACCCAAUCAUCAAAACAAUGCAACAAUUUCAAAAGGACACCAACCCCCAAAAGAUUGACGUUUCAAUCGGUGUUUACAAAGAUGAAUCGGGUGCAUGCUACGAGUUCCCCAGUAUCACCAAGGCCAAGCAAAUUUUACAUGACAAUGAUCCAGGACACAACUACACCAAUAUGGCCGGCAUUCCGGAUUUUGUGAUUGGUGCUCAAAGACUUGUAUUUGGUGAUGAAAUUGCGGCACAAGGUAAAUUGGCUUCUAUCCAAGCCAUCUCGGGGACAGGGUCAUUACAUAUGGCCAUGUUAUUAUACCGCGAGUCGGGCUACACUAAUUACUACAUAGGGACACCAACCUGGCAAAACUACCAGCCCAUGAUUGAACAUAUUGGCGGCAAAGUGACAACAUAUAGACAUUAUAAUGAAGCAACCAAAUCGAUUGAUUUUGACGCUGUUUUAAAUGCAUUAAAUUCAGCUCCAACCAAAACAAUUUUUCUUUUCCAAACAUGCUGUCAUAAUCCAACCGGAGCUGAUUUCAGCCAUGAACAAUGGCAGCAAAUUGGUGCAAUAUUGCAAAAACGUCAAUUAUUACCACUAUUGGAUACUGCAUACCAGGGGUUCAGUUCGGGGAGUCCUGACCAAGACGCGUGGCCUGUCCGGUACUUGUACAACUUAAACUUGGAAUUUAUUGUUUGUCAAUCAUUUUCGAAGAACUUAGGCUUGUAUUCCGAACGGUGUGGGGCCGUACACGUUGUUGUUCAGGAUAAGGAGUAUGUUCCUAAUGUUCAAAGCAACUUGGUGGCUCUAUUCCGUCAUGAAUGCUCAUUUGCUCCAGCAUUUGGCGCUAGAUUAGCUAGCAUCAUUUUCCACAAUGACAAGUUGAGGAACCAAUGGUUGCAGGAGUUGAAUUCCUCAACUAUGAGAUUGAAACACUUGCGGCAACGGGUCUUGGAUAUAUUAACUCAAUUGCAAACACCCGGUGAUUGGCAAAAUGUAGUUGAACAAAAUGGCUUGUUUUGGUACUCGGGUUUAACCAAGCAACAGAAUGAUCAAUUGAUUGCCAAGCAUAAUGUGUAUUCAACUUCUAUGGGUAGGGUCAAUGUAGCUGGGUUGAAUGAUGGAAAUAUCGACCAUUUCUGUGCCGCAAUUGACAAAGUAGUUAGAGAUACAUGA